AUGGAAGAGGUAAGGAGUGUGUGGGCCUUUUUCUGUUUGCUGGGUCCUUUGUUCCUGUACACCUAUAAAAGCUACAAACGGAGGAAUUUUAGCAAGUACAGCAAGUCAUGUCACAGUGCUGCAAGGUGUUUUAUAACUGCAUCUUCACAUCCGAAACAAUUAAAAUACAGAGACCAGCCCUCCAGUUUCAGAUGACAUUUUUUCUUACAUUUCUGGACUUCGGACAUGUCUAUGUCUAGAGAGAGAUCUGGUUCACAAGUCACACUAAAUUGCAAUUUAAAACAAACGGGUUUAAUACAGUGGUUGUGUAUGUAUGAAUAAGUAAGCUUAAGAAAGAAAUCCCACAUCCCCCCAAAUCCCUUGGAAUUGUGCUUUACUGUGGUGGAAGAGAGGAGGCACAGUCACCAAAUAUUAUAGAGUUUCCCACUGAAAAAUUGCCUGGGUUCCAUCCAAUUCUGGUACUAACAGAGGAAUAGCAUUAGGAACAUCUGGGUUUCUCAGUAUGUAGAAAGAGAGGGAGGGACACCCCCCCCCCUUUUAAGUAGCAGUCCUUAUGCCAUCUCUGUUAUCUUUCCAUUGAUCCAGGCUCCCAAACCAACAUACCAGGAGGAACUGGAAUGGUGCAUCUCUCAACUGGAGACCGGCCUCCUGCAUCUCAACCCAACUCCAAAGCAAGGUGUGUUGUCUCAAGGUCACUGGCUUAACCCUAAACCAGUAGGAUCAGCCACAAAACAUUGUGGUAUGGAGUGCUGCUGUUAGGCUGCUAGCCUGUUCCAUUUGAGCUCAGCUUUUGAUGUUGGAAAAACAGAAUACAAAUAUUAAAUCAAAUUACUAUGUCACAGUCUCUCAACAGCCACUCCAUUGCGCUGCCAGCCACCAUUCCAUGCCCACUGAGCUUGCUUAGGUCUCAUUGGCUUGUUCCCUGCCCCUACCCUUAGGGUUUUUUCUGUAUUUUUUUGUUUUGUUUUUAUGUACUGUACUGAAAAUCUUAGGGUUUCCUCAAGCCUGCUUAUACCAUCCCUCUUGAGCCAUUCAGACUUCAGACACCUUGUGCCAUUUUGAUGACAUCGGCAACAGCACACAUGACUUGAACUUCAAAGAUAUAUUGAUAAUCACCCAGCAUCUUUGUAGUGCAAUGUUUCUUCUCUUUUCCUUUCCCUUUUUUAAAAAAUGAAGUGAUUGCAUGUUAAACAGCAUGUGUAGAGAGGGGAGAAGUACUACAGAGUUACCUGGCUGCGUGCUGAGAUUACCUGUGGAUUGUCAGAUACUUUUGUAAGAGCAUCAAGUUAAAAGCAGAGUUAUCGUUGUGAGCUGUUUGUCUUUUCUUCCACUUCUUGUGAGCAGUAGAGGAGACACGGCGCAUCCUUGGGGUGCUGCGCUCGAGCAAGUCUCCUCUUGGGAAAAAGCGGCAGGUGAUGCAUCAUGUCUUUGGGGACUACCGGCUCAAGAUGGCAGAGGAGAGGCAGAGGGCAGCAAAAGCAGGUGAGGUGGAAAGCUGUGCUGUCAAGCAUCACUCAGCAAUGCUACUUCCUCCGAGUUCAGGACCUUUAUCAGUCCAAGGGCCACAAUUUUAAAUAUAAAACUAUAAAUUGUGUGUCUUUGCUUCUCAAUUUGUAUUGUGUUACUUUAUGCACUGUGACUUGCUGCUAUUUUUAUUGAUUACAGUUUAGAAAGUAUUUAUUGUAAUUAUUGAGGGUGAAUGUCUGUUUAAUUAUUAUUUGCUGAUAUUAAAUUUUAUUGUGUACUAUAUUCUAAUGGAUUAUUGAAUAUUUCUUUAUUUUAUAUAAGUUGUUUAUUUUAAAGUUAUAUUUGUAUUGGAUCAUAUUGUUAUAAGGUGUGUGAUCUUCUUAUUUAUUUAUUUUAUUAUUACAUUAUUAUUAUUUAUUAAAUUUAUAUACUGUCCUAUACCCAGAGGUUCUUCAGUUUGUAAACUGCCUUGUGUGUAGUAAUAUAGAAAGGUGAUGUACAAAUUAAAAAUGAAAUGAAAUUCCUUCUGGGCAACCUUUUGAGGGCCCAUGCCAGUGCUGGCUGGGUGGGGUCAGAGAAAAAGUAGGUGGGGCAACAAAUAUAAAUUACUUUUAAGUAGUAACUAAUGUCACACUCAGAAAUCCCUCUCUAUUGUAUGCCCGAGCAAGCAAGAGGCUUAUCAGAGUUCAAGGACACAGCCCAGCCAGGCAAAAACACUGGAGGGUAUGAAGCAAGGCCAAUGAGAGCUGUGGCCUGGAGUAGUUGUGGCAAGAUUUCAGACAUUGUUAAUCUCACACCCUUGCCUGUAAGGCUGGAACUGCUUGUUGCUGCUGUUGCCAAAAGCCUCAGGCUGCAUGUUGCUGCCAUCAGCAAAUACAGACCAGCAUCUAGUUGUGUCUCAUCUUCUCGUCAGAUGUGGCCAGAAGUGCAAGCAAAUGACCAAUUCCCUAGAAAAGCCAUAGUGAAAACACUAACCCUUCUGUUCCUUCUCCUUUAGCUGUGAAGCCCGAGAACACUGUGCAGAUACAGCCGGGAGAUGCCCUCAGUUCAAGCAGCGUGGCGUACAGGAAGCAAGCUAACCACCCUUCUGCAACACCAGCAUCAUGGUUUGCACCGUCAGACAACAGCUUUCAGUUUGACUUUGUUAUUUCCAAGGGAACCUCAGAAGAAAUUGGUGGAACUGCAAGAGAAGCACAUGAGGUGGAUGACUCUGGAGAGCAGUCCACUGGUAGCGGUCUCUCUGGGACACUGGAUAUUGGAACAGGGAAGCCCGAGUUUGCUUUCAACUUUGUCAUACCAGACGUUCCCCCUCUUCCAUCUGCUGCUGCAGAUCCAGACUCUGAAGCUGUGGUAGAAGCAGCCAGAGAGGUAGACUCCACAUCCCAAAAUGCCACAGAGACCAUGCCAGAGAGUGCGACUUUUUCAAAACCCAAUAAAUCAGCUGCGAAGGGCAAUGGAGGGAGAAGAGAUGAAGGCACCGUGCAAGAGGUUUCUAAAUCAGAGGCUGCCCAAGCAGGUAUGGAGACUGUAACUGCAAGUUUUAAUUAGGUUUCUGAAAUAGAUGUAUGCCUGCUCGCCUACAGUGAGUAGAGAAUUGGUCCCAGGCGAUGCUCCUUUUAACAAAUGUUCUUACAUUUAUAAGACCUUCUAUUUCCAUUGCUCAGGGUAAUAUGGAACUUAUUGCAUUGUUGCAGUAAGAAUCUCAUGCAGUAAAGGGCCCUUUUUUCUCUGCCUGUGGGAACCUUUCCUAUAAGACUUAUGUAUACAGUUACAUAGGGACGCGGGUGGCGCUGUGAGUUAAACCACAGAGCCUAGGACUUGCCGAUCAGAAGGUCAGUGGUCAAAUUCCCGCGACGGGGUGAGCUCCCAUUGUUCAGUCCCUGCUCCUGCCAACCUAGCAGUUCGAAAGCACGUCAAAGUGCAAGUAGAUAAAUAGGUACCGCUCUGGCGGGAAGGUAAACGGUGUUUCCGUGCGCUGCUCUGGUUCGCCAGAAGCGGCUUAGUCAUGCUGGCCACAUGACCCGGAAGCAGUACCCCGGCUCCCUCAGCCAAUAAAGCAAGAUGAGCACCGCAACCCCAGAGUCAGCCACAACUGGACCUAAUGGUCAGGGGUCCCUUUACCUUUAUACAGUUACAUUGGUUUGAUUGAUUUAAAAGACAGGUGAACAAAUAAUAAUUAUUCAUUUUUUCCCUAGGAACAAAGGUGGGUGGAUCUUCCAAUAGGAAAAAGAAAAAGAAACAACCACCUUUAAAAGGAAGGCAUGGUGGCAAUGUAAAUGGAGAUCACAGACCUUGUGGAGAAGGUAGACUUGACCAAACUGACAUGUGUCAGGUAUGUGAACACCUUGUGGUCAGAAGGAAUGUGGCUAAAUCUUUGUAUAAAUAUUUCCAAAAUUCUGCCACCCAUCGCUCCAGUUGACAGCAUGGUAGUCAUUUAUUUUAUUUAAGUAUUGUUACUUAAGGGGUAACCCAGUCAGAUGGGCAGGGAAUAAUAAUAACAACAACAGCAAUAAUAGUAGUAAUUAUUAUUAUUAUUAUUAUUAUUAUUAUUAUUAUUCCUCUACUCUUCAACUGAAAAAGAAACCUAGAGUGACUUUUAAUAGCAAUAAUAAGAUAGUCCCCGUCCUCAGCUGUAUAAUCUGAAAGACAUAAAACAAAAAGGAAAGGAAUAGGGAGGGUGGAGGAAAAACACAAACUCAGAAAGUUCUUACAAAUGUUCUUCCUUUCAGGGAGAGGGGGAAGCGAGCACUUAUGUGUAGGUGAAUUUUCAUGCUUUAUCCUGGUGGCAGCAAAAUUUUAAGGGCAGAAUGUCACCCUGUUUAGAAUUGAGAUCUCAGAAGGGUAAGCCUUUGUUAAGUCCCCCAUUAGAAACAUAUUUAUCAGCACACCAGUUUGAAUGGGAAGAGAGGGUCAAGUUGCCACCAUUGCUGAGAGAAAAAAUGGGAGAAACAUCCUGUGCUUAAGAGCCAUUUGAGAGUGGAGCAGGCUGCCUCGAGAGGUGGUGGGUCCUCCUUAGCUGGGUGUAUUUAAGCAGAGACUGGGCAGCCUGCUCCCAGAGUUGCUGUAGUUGCAUCCCACAGUGCAGUUCCUGCUUUGAGCAAAGGGUUGGGCUGAUGAUCUCUAAGGUCAUUUUAAUUUCUAAAAAUAAUAAUCUUGUGGUUGCCUUUUAAAAUGUCCUGCCUGGAAACCAAACGUCUCUCCGCUCCUCCCUUUUUGUACUCCUUGAAAGAGGAAUCCAUUGCCUCUCCAAUUGAAACCUAGAGGGAAGCCAGUUGCAAGGGAGGUACUUGCCCAGCUAGUCUUAAUUGAUUCUCCCUUUUAUCCUAUGUCCCACCCCCAAUUUUAUUGCAACAGUCAGAUGAACAGAUGAAGAGGGAGGUGGACUGGUGCAUUGAGCAGCUGGAGCUUGGCCUGAAGACUCGGAAAUCAACUCCCAAGCAGGGUGAGUCCACUUGCUGGGGAAGACUGAAUUGGGGGGACUAAAUAGAGUCUCUCUCCCAUGUGGACCCCCCACCUCCAGGGAGGAAGUCAUUGUUCUGCUACGUUCAUUUAUUUUGGUCUGCAAAUGUGUGUGUGUGGUGUUGUUUUUAAUGCUUUAAUUCUGUUUUAUGAUUUGUUGGCUGCUCUGAGAGCUUUUAAAAGGGACACGGGUGGUGCUGUGGUCUAAACCACAGAGCCUAGGGCUUUCCAAUCGGAAGGUUGGCAGUUCGAAUCCCCGCGAUGGGCUGAGCUCCCGUUGUUCGGUCCCAACUCCUGCCCACCUAGCAGUUCAAAAGCACGUCAAGUGCAAGUAGAUAAAUAGGUACCGCUCUGGCGGGAAGGUAAAACGGCGUUUCCAUGCGCUGCUCUAGUUCGCCAGAAGCGGCUUAGUCAUGCUGGCCACAUGACCCGGAAGCUGUCUGCGGACAAAUGCCGGCUCCCUCGGCCUAUAGUGCGAGAUGAACGCGCAACCCCAGAGUCAUCCGUGUCUGGACCUAACAGUCAGGGGUCCCUUUACCUUUACCUGAGAGCUUUUGCUGAUGAGUGUUGUGCACAUUUCAUAAUCCUGUAUACUAAUUGCCUGAGUAUGCCCAUGGGAAGCCCUGGUUUGAGGCUUCCCAUGGGCAUCUGGUGGGUCACUGUGAGCAGAGGAUACUGGACUACAUUGGCCACUGACCUGAUCCUGCAGGGCUCUUUUUAUGUUCUUGUGUGUGUGUGGAUUCUUAUGUGUAAAAAAUAACGUCAUCCAGAUUCAUGAGGGAGGUGCCAACAGUCUUGGGGGAACAGAAAAAUAAAAAAUCUUUAGCAGAGAAAAAGAGCCCAACAAAGACUGAGCAUGCUCAGAAUACCAAUUGGUUGAUGGGUGGAUGAGGUGAAAAACCAGGGGGGGGGGAGAGAGAGAGAGAGAGAUUGAGAGAGAGAGAGAGAUGGAACGGAGUACAGUCGUACCUUGGUUUAUGAACUUAAUCCGUUCUGGAAGUCCGUUCUUAAACCAAAACCAUUCUUAAACUGAGGUGUGCUUUCCCUAAUGAGGCCUCCCACCGCCAGUGCCCUUCCACCAUUUGGCUUCCGUUCUUAGGCUGAGGUAAAGUUCGCAAACCGGGACACUACUUCAGGUUUUGUGGAGUUUGUAAACCAAAUAGUUCAUAAACAGGGCUGUUCUUAAACCGAGGUACAGUGAUACCUUGGGUUACAGACGCUUCAUGUUACAGAGUGACACUUCAGGUUGCAGACUCUGCUAACCCAGAAAUAGUACCUCAGGUUAAGAACUUUGCUUCAGGAUGAGAACAGAAACCGUGUGGCGGCAGUGGGAGGCCCCAUUAGCUAAAGUGGUACCUCAGGUUAAGAACAGUUUCAGGUUAAGAAUGGACCUCCGGAACGAAUUAAGUUCUUAACCCGAGGUACCACUGUAGCUUAGAAGAGGGUGUGGCCGGCUCACCAGCACCCUGAGCUAGAACAGUCCAUCAUCAUAGAAUCAUAGAGCUGGAAGGUACCACAAGGAACAUGUAGUCCAACUCCCUGCACUGCAGGAAUCUCACCCAUAAACCUGAGAUUAAAGAUUUCAUGCUCUACCGACUGUGCUAUCUCCCACCCCCCGCAGUCCACACUGUAACAUUUUGUGACAGGGCCCCUUCUUGUGAUGAGAAUGAAAACCACAAAAAAUAAGAGAAGUAGUAAGUAGUAAUAAAAAUGUAAUUUCUUUGGGUCAGUGGAUGAGGCACUCCGGGCCAUCAAGACUCUGCGCAGCGAGAAGGCAGUGCUGGCAAAGAAGCGCCAGUUGAUGCGCGCCCUAUUUGGCGAUUACAGAAAAAAAAUUGCAGAGGAAAAACAGAAGCAGCUGAAGCUCAUGCAAGCAGGUAAGGAAGCGGAGCAUGGCUGAGAAUUUGGGGACAGAGUUUUGAGCCACAGCGAUAGCAUAUUAGGGGCUUUUUCUGACUGGGGCUAAUAUUGGGGGCGGUAGGCAGAAUACAACUGCACAGAGCAGUCUCCAGCUUUCAGUCUUUGCAUGUCUGCUUGGAAUUCAGUGGGGCUUAAGCCCAGGUAAGUGAGUAAAGGAUUGACAAGAGAUUGCAGAUAACUGCUGAACCCUUGCCUAGAUGCUGAUGCUGUAAAUUCUGUCCCACCCAAAGGAGUUGUGUGCCUAAGUUUCAGUUGUUCUUGCUGCAACCAAGUUGUAGCUGGUGCUUGGGAACAUAGGAAGCUGCUUUAAGCUGGCCGGUCUUUCUCAGUAUUGUCUACACCAGAAAUAGCCAAUGUCGUGCUCUCCAGGUGCUAUUGGACUGCAACUCCCACCAGCCACAGCCAAUGUGGUCAAUUGUCUGCCUUAAACAGACGAAAGCAGAGUUAUUUCUGUUCCCUUUUUCUAGGGAGAAGGAGCAUUUGGAGGGCUGUGUCCCAGAUGUAAAAGGUAGCAGGUUCCCCAAAUGCAAUCAGUUACUUUCAGCUCAGUCUCACCUUUUAAAAGAUGCCUUUGCAAGCAAAAAUGUUCAGGAUGAGAAAGUAGACAGACUCACUAAGAUGUGUGAUGCAAUUAAGAGAUUUUAACAGUGGUUUUUUCUUUCUCCAAGCGUCGAAAGCAGCUCGUAUUGCAGAAGUGACUGAAGAUGCUUGCAGGAAGAGCAGCCGGGUUUUCAGGAAGUCCUCAGUCAUGGCCAGGAGAGACCAGAGACCUGCAGGAUCCUUUAUUCCGUCUUCUACGCAGACAGCUUCUACUGGGGCAGCUGAGACGUGCUCUUUUGCACUCACAUCUUCCCAAGAGGAAUUCUGCUUCAAUUUUUUCUAA